UUUGUGGCCUGUAAAAAUGAAGGGCUGGAGAUAGAAGAGGUGAGAGGUGGCCCAAUUAGGCCUGCUUGUUUAUUACUGUCGAGAGAUGGCAUAAGGGUUUCGACUAUCUUCCCUUUCGGCGCCGCUUUUGGUGCUUUUCCUCUGUUCUUUUCUUCUACUGCAGCAAUCGAUGAGGCUGAGGGCUUGAUCAUCUUUAAUUUUUAUUUUGCUACAGUUUCUUCCUUGAUUCAGAGAUGUUGUUUUGCCGGCGUUUUUCUGAGUUCUUUCCCGGUGAGUGUGGUCGGUGGCACCUGGGUUACCUUGUUUCGGAUUUCUCCAAUUGCGUCUCUGGACUUGCAUCCAAGGGCCGUAAGUGGCUUUUGGUUCAUGGUGAUGCUGAGUGCUAUUCGUCUGUGGCGAAGAGAUUGGGUUGGUGGUUGGUUCAUGAAGUCUCCUGGUGGGACAAAGCUCUUCUUGAUGACCGAUUCUGCCGCAGGUGAAGCACAACUGAGGUAAAUUUUCAUAUUCCACUGCUUGCCAGUGCCCAUCUAGCCAAAAUCUUGUGCGUAGGGGUUUGGAUACGUCAAUUUCGAUAGCCAUUCUAGCAAACUUCCCUCUUUGAACGGUGAGAGUGUUUAGAUCAAUGCGGAUUGUUUUCCCGAAAAGAUUGCCUAUCACCGUCAAAAUCUGAUUGUGGUAGUACUGGAUGGGUAGAGCCGGAAAUCUUACCCAUGCCGUGAUGCUUGGUGGGAGCUUCUCUUUGAGUCGGAAAUCCUGGGACCAUGGCUGAACCACCAGGUAAUGUUCGAGGAUCAUCCACGGGCCGUCUGAUAGGGAAGUCAGGUAGUCAGCCCUGUUGGUGAAUUUGACCAUGAAACAAUCAUGAUCCAGAUCGAGCACAUCCAUGUGGCCUGAAGGUUUCCACAUUUUGUGUAGCCGUGCAACAAGGUAAGGAUACCGAACUUUCCUUCCAGCAAUGACUUGGCUGUGUAAUUGCAGUAGUCACCAUGGUUGAUCGAGCGAGCUCUGAGAGAAACAGAGCGAUAGAGUGUUAGGAAGAAUGGAACUCCCUUGAGAAGUUAGAACUAGCUAGGUGGUAAUGGUACCUAUUUAUAAUAGAUUGGAAAGGGUUAAUGUUCUUUUUGAAUAAUGGAAUUCUGCAGUCAGCGGGGAUGAAUAAUGAUAAAGAGUAC